AUGACGAGACCUGCUCAGCACAAACUGACGCCCAAAAAAACAGCGCCCAGAAUGUAAAAAAUUUUCCUUCUAUUUUUCUGUUGCAAUUUCGCAAUAAUUUCAGUGAUCCCAUGUCGCCGAACAUUUACAAGACGAAUCUCUUCGGUCACACCAUCAAUCUCGAUCCGCGAUUCACCUUCAAAUGCCACACGAUUCUCAUGAUUCUCGUUUACAUGCCGAUCAUUCACGGAACAUUCCAGCACCGAACCGACCUGCUCUUCCUGCCGAUCAUCGUCAUGGCACAGUUUGUGAUUGCCGCCUGGAGAAGACAUCCCGAAAUCAUUAGACUCACUCAAGCGAUUGCGGUGAGCAACAUUUUAGUGUACAUUCUGUACAUUUAAUGGAAUUUCUGAGAGCCGUGUACUACAGCCUUUUGGAACACCUCUGAUGACCAGAAAUCUCAAUAAAAGUACAAAAUGCACAAAACGUGUGCAUUCUGUACAUUUAUAGAAAUUUCUGAAGGCAACAGAUAAAGACAUAACGUUCCUUAUUUUUCCAGCUGUCGGUCAUCCUGAUCGGCUUCAACUUCACCUACAUCAAAAUGCGUUUUCCUGACCGUCACUGGGUCGUCUACGCGAACACGUUUCUCGGCGGAUUGAGGACGAACGCUGCGAUUGUGUUCUAUUUUUUCUUUGGUAAGCACUCGAAACUUCUCUUCAUUUUCAUUUUGUCUGCCUUUUUUCAGUUCCAAUAUCCCAAUUGGCCGUCAGUCAGCCGGUUCUUCGCAUCAGUGAACACGAACGCGUCGUCGCCAACGAAAAGUAA